UACACUUGACAGUUGAAAAAACCAGCAUUGCCUGAAAAGUGUGUAGACGUGAAAAUUUGUUCUGGAGAAAAAUUUUAACAUUUUGUGGAAAUCUUAAUAUCCUAAAACAAAAAAAAAUGUCUUUUGGUGGUCAGCAGAACCAGCCUUGGCAACAGCGAAAGACUGGAUUUUAUCAAGGCGCAAGUCCGACCGCAAUGUUUAUGCAGCAACACGCGGCUUCGCAAUCUGCCUUUGGUCACUCGGCCAUUUUCUCGCAAGGCGGCUCGGUAGCACCCUCCGUAGCCUACCCUCAGCAAAGAUCGGCUACUUUGAAUCCCGUUGCAUUUCAACAACCUAAUAGUGGAGGCCAAACCAUGACCAAUUCUAUUGGCACCAUAACUAAAAUCAAUAAUGAAUGCGGACUUAUAAACGACGAAGUUUUUUUCUACCGUAAUGCGUGUAAGGGCGUCAUCCCGAAGUUGGGGGAUAGGGUUAUAUUCGAAGCCACUUAUUCCACCACUGGCCAAUUUAAGUGGAAUGCAACUUUAAUUCAAUUAAUGGGGAGCAGCAUAUCUCAUCAAACUCAGCAAUUGCCAUCAUUAAUGGCAGGAGUAAGUAGCGGCAGAAGUGGUAGUGGUUAUAAUGCAGUUCCACCACCCAACGAAUAUCAACUUGCUCAAAUGCAACUGCAACAACAACGUCAUGGCUCACCAAGACGUUCUUCUCCUUUGCGAGGCGAUCGCUCUAACUCGCGAAAUGAACGUGAGCGAGAACGACGUGAGCGGGACCGUAAUAUUCGCUCGAGGGACAGAGAAGAUGAUGAAAGAGAACGCAAACGUCGUCGUGAGGAUAAUGAACGUAGUCGGGAACGCGCCAUUGCAUCCAUUGGGCGGCCUCAUGAUAGAGAUCGUGACCGUGCGCGCCCUGAUAGCAAAUCAGAUCUUGCGUUGGAGCGAAGGGAGCGCGAACGGGAACGAGAGCGAGAACGUGAACGUGAACGCGAACGCGACCGGGAACGGGAAAAGGAACGCGACAAGGAGCGCGGGGAACGUACUGAGCGAGAAGAACGUCCUGAGCGUGGAGAGCGUUCUGAACGUGCAGAACGUCCUGAUCGUGGAGGGCGUCCUGAGCGCGCUGAACGAAGUCCACAUCGUCCGCCUGCAAAGGGGCGACGUACACGUGCAAUUCGUCGGUAUAUGAUUCAGAUACCAAAAAAUAUAUUACCUUACAAUUCGGCUGAUGUUCAAGAGUUACGUCAACGUUAUGAAACAAUGUAUAUCCCAUCUGACUUUUUUCACUGCAAAAUUUUGUGGCCUAAAGUUUUCACGCCGGAAAAUUCUUUUUCAUUACGACGUCCAUGUCAAUUCCAUGUAAUGCAUCGCAUAGUUGAUUCUCCAUUCGAGCAAAACAACGAUGUACUAGAACCGUCUGAUGCCGACCACAGAUACUCGGCUAAAGUGAUGCUUUUAGCUUGUCCCCCAAUAGCCGAACUUUAUCAGAAAUGCUUGGAAGAUGACGAAAAUGAUAACGAACAGAAUGCAGUGCAUCCAUCUCGUUUAAUUAGUUUCCUCGUAGGUACCAGAGGAAGAAACGAGCCAAUGGCCAUUGGUGGCCCGUGGAGUCCAUCGCUGGAUGGUGAAAACCCUGACAAGGAUCCUGCCGUAUUAAUUCGUACGGCCAUACGUACAUGUAAAGCAUUGACUGGAGUCGAUCUAUCACAAUGUACUCAAUGGUAUAUGGUACUGCAGCGUCUGCCAGAACCUGAUAAGGCGAAACACCACAUCAGUAAGAUGCAACGCAUGCAACAACUGGUGCCACCUGAAACGCUGCUCCGGCCUCACACACCAUCGCGAAUGGAGUGCUACUUUCACUGCAGCCUGCUGCGCUGCUACCUCACAACCCCAACCGCCUGCGCCUACAUCUGUGCCAAUGCCAACGCCAGCGGCAAUCCCACAACCGCGGCCCACGGUCACAACCACACCGGCACCAACACCGGUGACAACACCAGCGGUCGGACCACCACACCCGCAACAAACACAGCAGGCACAGCAAGCAGUUCAGGCAGCGCAGAUCCUUUUUUGCUUUUUUACUCAAAGCUGAUUAAAAACAUAGUAUACUUUAGUAAAAUGUUCUACUGUGCUAUUCUAAAGGUUUCAAUUUUUGCCGAAUUAUUUAACGAGAUGUUAAUGCGCGAUUUCGGCUUCAAUAUCUACAAAGAGAUGUACCUUUAUAACGAUGAAAAAGCCGAUGCGGCAAAAGAUAAAAAUGAUGAUGAAACCAACAGUGGAAAUAAAACAGAAGAUGGUCAAGCCAUGGAAGUCGAUGAAGAGUCUAAAGCAACCACAGAUGUAAAACCCAACGCUGAUGGUAUCGCAGAAAAAUCGGUAUCGGAGCGUAGAGCUUCAAAACGUAGUGUUGAUGUUGAAGCCGAUACCGAAACGCCAUCUAAAAAUACGAAUGACCGCAAACACAAGUCCACAGCAGCCACUAACGGCAAGGAAAGGGAGAGGGACCGGGAAAAAGAACAUGCUUCUGACAAAAAAAUGAUUGUUGUGAAGCCACAUCUUUUACUGUCUUUUAUUUAUUUCGACACUACUCAUUGUGGUUACAUAUUUGAAAAGGAUUUGGAGGAUUUAUUCACCGUUUUGGGUUUAAAUUUAUCGCGUGGCCAGAUACGCAAGAUGCUUGGCAAACUAUCUAUACGACAGGCAUUUUAUUACCGAAAACUCACCGAAAAGGAGGAAUCUAAAGAGGCACCACCCAAAAUUGAGGACGAAGACGAUAUACCCAGCGAGGAGUUAAAGAAAAUUGCUCUGGGAAACAACGUCUAUUUACCACUUGAAAAUGAGCCAAGCACCAGCGGAAGAAUUGUAGAAAAUGCUACCGCUUCCAAAAUCGAUACAGAUGAUGACGGUCUUGUCAACUAUAAUGGAAUUGUUAUCCACGUUGGCAAACUAUUGGAACAAAUCAAGCGCACCGAAAAGAACUAUGGCGACUUGGAAAAAUUGUACAAUGAUCUCCGAAAACAGCACACUGACUUGCAGAGAGAUCAUAACAAAUCUAGCAACAAAGUCAAAGACUUGCAGUCCGAGGUUAAAAGUUUGAGUCGGAAACUUUCCGAUACAGAUCAAGAUUUAUUCGCGUUGAACCGUAAAUAUAGGGAUCAACACGGUACGCUAUCCGCCAUUUACCAUCGUGUAGCACCCUACUUUAGAAGUGAAAAAGACAAGGAUCAUAAAUCAGAUAAGGACGGAGAAAAGGAUGCAAAAGAUAAAACUAAAGAAAAUGACAAGUCAGGCAAAGAUAAGGAGAAGGAGAAGGAUAAGGAUAAGGACAAAGAAAAGGAGAAGGGCAAAGAUAAGGAGAAGAUUAAGGAAUCUGGCAAAAAUGUUGAAAAGAAAACUGAAGGCAGCGAUGCCAAGGAUAACAACGAAGAAAACGAAGCCGCUGCUGAAGAAGAGGAAACCGCAAUAGCAGUAGAAGAGCAGAAUGACCACGAUGAAGAAGAGGAGCCAGAGGAAGAGGUUGAGGAAGAAGAAGAAACAAAUGAAGAUUAGGAAUGCAUUUAUUUUAGGAGUUGAGCUGGAUUUUUCCGUGGACACAUAAACAUUUUAUUAAUAUUGGCAAUUAUAACCCUAUGACUGCAUAAAUUAUUUUUAAUCACUAGUUACGUAACUAUCCUUUGGGAUACAUGUAAGUGCAUUGUGAAUUAAAUGCAUACAUACGAUAAUGAUAUUCAAUGGAUUUGUAAAAGUAUGUAGUUUCAAAUAAAGAGCUGCAACGGCUAGACUACGAAUUCCUUAUUUAUAAAUUCGAAAACCAAA